UUUUAUAAUCUGCGUCACUCAAUUACCCUCUUAGACAUAUUCUUUUCUUCAAAAUGUUGCAUUGUGAUUGACGUCACAUAGUUUGGUUAGGAGCAAAAGUGGCAGUGCCAGGCAAAUACAUCAAUGGCGGAGUUGAUGGGAUCACGGGCAUACUGCUGCUUUAGGUGCCAGAACCUUGUUGCUUUCCAUGAUGAUAUUGUUUCCAAAGAUUUCCAGGCAACAAAUGGUAGAGCAUUUUUAUUCUCUCACGCAAUGAACAUUGUUUUGGGUCCUAAAGAAGAUAGACAGCUUAUCACUGGUCUUCACACAGUGGCUGAUGUGUAUUGCUCUGAUUGUGGAGAGGAACUUGGCUGGAAAUAUGUUAAAGCUUACGAGGAAACACAGAAGUACAAAGAAGGAAAAUGUGUGCUAGAGAAGUUCAAGAUAGUCAAGGGCAAUGGAUAGUAAACAGAUUUUACUGUUUUAGAUCCAAGCCAUCUGAUCUCAAUUGUUCAUAUAUUGGUUGUGAAGUUCUUGCAAAGACCAGGGGGGA